AUGCAAAGCCAGCGUGCGAUCGAAGAUCGUGCUCGGGAGAGACGAUGCCCCUCGCGGGCCCUAUCCCCGCUCCCCCUCCCCCCGGGUCCCGAUCCUGGCGGCGAUUACCUUCCUGCUCAGCUUGACGAUGCGCUCCAGCCACGUCUCGUCCCGCAUCAGGGCGCGGAGCUGCGCCGUACUGACCGCCCCGAAGCUCAGGGCCAAGGACGGAGCAGACGGGCGGCCGCACCUGGACGGCGAUCUCGCACCUGCACCUGCGUCGCCGCCUUGGGCCACCAGAGGGCGCGGGCGCAGCUCUUAAAGGGGCCGCCACGCUCGGUUGUCUUCCAGUGUGGAGGGGGAGCCGUCGGAGCCUAUAGGCUGGGUGUUUUCCCUGAGCAGUGGAAAGGCUCCAUCGUGUUUGCAAGUGUCCAAUUCCUGUUCAGUGCAGAGCAAAGUGUCUCCGAUGAGAUGUACAGCAACAUUCUCUGGUGCCUUAAAGAUGAAGAGCCUCGGUCGGCUGUCCUAUUCCGGCGGCGCCGGAGGAACCUCGCCGGCGACGCGGCGGAGGAAGCCGCGGCCAGGAGCUCCGCCAAACGCUGGGCGAGGAUAAAGCGUUUUCUGAAGGACGACUCAGAAGAGGCUGAGUUGGUUCACUUCCUCAAGGAUUACCCUUCCAAGGAGUACUUCCGCUUUGUGCCAUCGGAAGGGAUCCAGAAGGCUGAAGGUCUGGGCCAUACGGAGCCCAAGAUGUUUUCCAGCAUGGUCAGGACCAUCCCUGAUGACACCAUGGUUGAAAAAGAGCAGAGGGCCUUCCAUCGCCCGCAGCCCCUCGACUUGCAACAGCAGCACAUGGCUGCCCCGACCCCGGCGAGCCCUUCUCGACCCAGAAGCCCCUGGGGCAGGCUUGACCCCUAUGACUCGGAUGAGGAUGACAAGGAGUACGUGGGGUUUGCGACGCUCCCCAAUCAAGUCCACCGGAAGUCUGUGAAGAAAGGCUUUGAUUUCACACUCAUGGUUGCAGGAGAGGCCGGGCUGGGGAAGUCCACCCUUGUAAACAGUCUUUUUCUCACUGACCUGUACAAGGAUCGCAAACUCCUAAAUGCAGAAGAACGGAUCAUGCAGACGGUAGAAAUCACGAAGCAUGUGGUGGACAUUGAGGAGAAAGGCGUGAAGCUCCGCCUUACCAUCGUGGACACGCCGGGCUUUGGGGACGCCGUCAACAACACAGAGUGCUGGAAACCUGUGGCCGACUACAUAGAUCAGCAAUUUGAACAGUACUUCAGGGACGAAAGUGGCCUGAACCGGAAGAACAUCCAGGACAACCGCAUCCACUGCUGCCUCUACUUCAUUUCACCCUUCGGACACGGGUUGCGGCCCCUGGACAUCGAAUGCAUGAAAGCUCUCCAUCAGCGUGUGAACAUCGUUCCAGUCCUGGCCAAAGCUGACACCCUGACACCCUUUGAGGUGGAUCGGAUGAAAACCAAGAUCCGUGAUGAAAUUGAGCAAUUUGGAAUCCGGAUCUACCAGUUCCCAGAAUGUGAUUCAGAUGAAGAUGAUGAUUUUAAGACGCAGGAUCUGGCCCUUAAGGAGAGCAUCCCUUUUGCUGUGAUUGGAAGCAACACAGUGGUGGAGGCCAAAGGCAGACGGGUUCGCGGGAGGCUUUACCCGUGGGGCAUCGUGGAAGUGGAGAACCCCGCACACUGCGACUUUGUCAAGCUACGCACCAUGCUGGUGAGGACCCACAUGCAGGACCUGAAGGAUGUGACACGGGAAACACAUUACGAAAACUACCGGGCACAGUGCAUCCAGAGCAUGACCCGCAUGGUGGUGAAAGAGCGGAACCGCAAUAAACUCACCAGGGAAAGUGGGACAGAUUUCCCCAUCCCUGCCAUCCCUCCGGUGCUGGACUCAGAGACAGAGAAGCUGAUCCGGGAGAAGGAUGAAGAGCUGCGGCAAAUGCAGGAAAUGUUGCAGAAGAUCCAGCAGCAGAUGACGGACUCCCAUUAGCCCACCCCCAUCUGGCAACAGCCCUCCUUUUCCUGGCUCCCCUCAGAGACCACAAACUGUUUACAUCUCACCCGUCGAUCUGCGCAUGCGCUGCCAUUCGGUCCUAACCGUACACCUUCCACCUUAAGCUAAAUAAGCCUUCGCUGCAAUGAUCGCCUUAUAACCAAACCUCGCUGUGCUUACCCAUCAGUGAAACAAAAAGCUCUCAAAGCCCCCGGGAUUCUGUCUUUGAGCAUCU